GGAUAUAUUCAUUAAACCAUUAACAGUCGCCCCGGCAGUAAGAGGGAUGAUUCUUGCGGCUUAUUUUGGUCACGCUAGUAACUGCAGUAGCCGGCAGGUAAUCAUAAUAUUUUAUUAGCCUGUCUGUGUGCGGGCUUCGUAUUGAUCCUAAAGAUCUCCCAGAAGGGGAAACUUCGCUCCCUCAAACCCCGAGUCUUUAGUCGAUCCAUUAGCUCCCUUUAAACCCGGAGAGAAUUAGAUAUUUAGGAAUGACUUACGUUAUUAACAAGUUCUUACUUACUUUCAUUGCUACAUGCAGGUAUAGGCAAAGGUGAAUCAAGUCCAUUCUCUCUGUCAGCAUUCAUUCCUUAGCCAAUGUAAGGAGUUAGACAGACUUUAUUCAGCUGGUUACCAGAUCUGAUUUCAUAUCUGAUCUUUCCGGGACGUUUAUGCCAUUACUGGAACAAAUCCCCGGAUUAGGAUUAUCUAAAGCAAUUGCCUUCCAUGCAAGCAAAGCAGUUUAGUGACUUUUGUGCUUCAUUUAGUUUUGCGUAUCAGUUAAGUUUCAGGUCUGUGCCUGAGGCCUGGACCAGAAAGCUUUCAUGGCGGGGGCAGAAACGGAAGCAGGUACGAAUAGAAGAAGGCCCAGAAUAGCCAAGCCAAAGGGGUCCAAUCAGUCUAAUGCGUAAUGUCUGGUAUCGGGAGUCUUUUAGUAAUCCACAGAUUAGGAACCGAGUGGGGAAGUGAGCUCUACUCGAAACUAGAAAGGCUGCUCUGCCACCUAGGGGAUAGGAAACCUAUUCCUUUUAGUCCGAUUCGUCGGAAUCUUCCUUUACUCCAAGCUUUUCCAUUACUAUGAAAGCAUAGAAUAUCGUGAGUUAAGAUAGCCAUUAAAGGAGUGAGUGUGGAUAGAUGCCUAUAAAACCACUAGGAGAAGUCAUAGUAUCGGAUGAUGGAAAUACAGGGUCCGGAAACUUCCAAUUCUAUUCCAGUUCCACUAUCGGAUUCUGGGCAUGAAGCCUUGACAAGGAGCGAAGCAGCUCGAACGAAUGUGAGAGGGCUUACGAAACUAGGGCAAGAAAAUCUCACGUAGAAGGGAGGGCCAGAUUGAACUUAAAAUGAAAGUAAUUCCACGAACAGGUUUAGAGUAGUCAAUUCAAGACUUAUAGUAGGACUUUCUCUACCGGGAGAUGGUUUAGCGCGAG